AUGUCCAAGCCGGCGGCGGCGCGCAGGCGGCCGCGCGGCCUGCGGGUCGGCAGCGCGGCCCGGCUUGCACCAGUGGCAGCGCUCUUUGUUGCAGUCGGGCAUCGAGGAGAGCUUGCCAGACCUGAGACAACGUGGGCCACACCACGAGUUUUGGCCGAUUACGCUCCGCAGCCGCGGUGGGAGGCCCGCCGCGGCGCCCGCGGGGCCCUGCCGCAGGCGAGGUCUGCGGGCGGAGGGCGCGGUCGCCGCGGUGCCGCCCGCGGAGAGCCUCGAGGAGGCCGACGGGCCGCUGCCCAGGCUGCUGGAGCUGGCCGCGAGCGGAGCGACAAGGCUGCCCUCGAGGCGGCGGUCGAUGAGAACUUCGCCUCGCUGGGGCCCGAGCAGAUCGCGCAGCUGCAGAUCAAGGUCGCGGAGGAUAUCCUCCGACCCGAGCCCGGACAACCCGGCCAACGCGCUCGGGGACGCGCUCCAGGUCUGCAUGCAGAGGCGCAUGGAGUCCUCCAAAGAGCUCAUCAUGGAGGGCUGUUAGACCAUAAAAAGAUGAACAUCAUGGGCGACGUGCAGAGAGUCCUCAAGAAGGCGGAGAACCCUCUGCCCCUGCUGAUGGUCCUGCAGAUCAACAUCCAGCAGGCCCAGGAGGAGGGGGACGAGGACAAACUGCGCGCCCUGAUGCACAUAUACACCGUGAUGAACGAGGAAAUGGAGAAGAAGGUGUCCAAGGUCCAGGCCCUCCUGAACAAGCUGCUGCGCAUGGAGGAUUUCGACCCGAACGUGCGGGAGAACAUCCUCAGACACCACCUCCAGCCCGCCGAGGUCGCUGCGCCGCCGGGCCUGGACGAUUUCGACGACGAGCCCUCCGCCCCCACGCUCUCGGCCGCGCUUGUGCCCCCGGAGCGCCUGGCCAAGGGCAUCGCCGAGCUCGUCGCAAAGGUCGAUCAGUCGCUCCAGGCCGCUCUCGGCGAGGAUGACAACACCGAGCGCUUUGAGACCUUGGAGAAGGUCCGCCAGGUGGCCAAGGACGACGCCAGGAGGAUAAUCGGCGACAUCUAUGGAGAUGGCGAGAUGAAUUCUUUCAGCGCGGACUUGACGCCAACUUUCCACACUCUCAUGGCCCACAAAGCGCGGAUGAACCCCAACGAGGCCCCAGCGCCGCCCACGGCGGCGGAGGCGGCGGCCUCGAGGGGCAACGCCGUCCAGGUGGGCGCCGAGGCGCAGGGCGCGCCGCCAUCGCCUGGCCCAACGACGCCCAUGCCCCAGUAG